AUGACGCUCUACUAUACUCUAGUGUUCGUCCUCCUAAUGGGAGAGAUGGCAAUGUUCAUGCUCCUCAUCCUUCCCCUUCCCUACACCAUCAAGCGCAAACUCUUCACCUUCAUCUCCGAGAGCCCCAUCGUCGCCAAAAUUCAGUACUGGAUGAAGAUCACCUUCGUCUUCAUCCUCAUCCUCUUCAUCGAUAGCGUUAACCGCGUCUACCGCGUCCAAGUCGAACUAGGCCUAACUUCCGAGAAUGCCAAGAACAAUCCCGCCGCCGUCAUGGGCCACGAACGCCUCGAAGUCCAAGCCCGCAAGUUCUACUCCCAGCGAAACAUGUACCUCUGCGGCUUCACUCUCUUCCUCUCCCUCAUCCUCAACCGCACCUACGUCAUGAUCCUCGAGGUCAUGGAGCUCGAGGAUCGUCUUCGCGCUUUCGAGUCCAACAAGAACCGCGUCACCGCCGACCCCGAAAAGGAGAGGCUGAAGAAGGAGCUCGCCUCCAAGGAGACCGAUUUGGAGACUCUUAAGAAGCAGUGCGAGGGUUUGCAGAGGGAGUAUAAUAACCUUAGUGAUAAGGUUACGGAUGGCCAGGGGACUGAGCCUAAAAAGACGAAGUGA